CGCCCCGAGCCUGACGACAGCCGAUCGAGCAAUGUUGCGAAAUUCCAUGCUUACCCCUCUUUCCACUUCACUGAAAGCUGCUCCCAACGUCAUGGGAAUCGAGUGUUUCACAUGUGUUACGAGCCCGCCCACGCCCCCCGAUCGGUUCCCGGCCAGUCUCUCGCUAAUCGGGAUUGUAUACCGCCAGCUUCAUUACCUAGCCUCAUGCCCCAUGUUUCGAGGAGCUAUUCUCCAUAUCCGCGUCUGCAAUUGUUUGCGCCUCUUACCAUCUGGCCUCACAGCGUACCCCAACACCACCCGUACACCGCCAUCAACACCAUAAUGUUGGGCCUAGGCCUCAACAGACGCCGCGUAACCACCCCCUCACAACCCCGCCCGCCCAUCACCAACUCAAAGGUGGCCUUGGGAAGCACAUGGCAGAUGUCGCCAUCUGCCAUCACCGACGGCUUCGACCCCGACAUUAGCUUUGCCGACCUUCAUGUUGAACACGUCGCUAUCAUGCUUGCAAUAGUCUAUAUAUUUCAGUAGCCAGACCUUAGGCCGCCUCCACCAGAAACCGUCAUGGGACUAGCCUUUCCAUCCUGCAGUGUUCCCCUAUCAAU